CUGCAUUCAGUAUUGGUGGACAUGUGGCAUGGUUGUCUGAGAGGCGAGCCCUGAUUGGUCACGGUAUUUAAUCCGGGUUCUACGAAACGGUGACCGAGGAUUCGCUUGGUACAAGCUCCGACCCUAGCUGUGUGUGGACUCUCUUUUCAGACAGGGACAGGGAGGUCGUCGUCAUCGCUGAUAUUCAGAAGGUACAAAUCACAGGGGCUAAUGAACAUGGAAACAGCAAAAGUUCUCCACCGGACACCAGGAAGGGAAAAGGUUGGUAAUGGAAGCGCUACUCCACGGACACACAAGUGCAACGAGUGUGACAGGGAGUUCGGUAAACGGAAUUAUCUGACGAAACACAUGAAAACUCAUACCGGUGAAAAAUCCUACAGGUGUGAGGAGUGCGGCAAGACGUUCCGUCAGAGUGGUGGCCUACAGAGACACAUGCGUACUCACACUGGCGAGACGCCCUACAAGUGUGAGGAGUGCGACCGGCAAUUCAACACGAUAACCAAUCUAAAGACACAUAUGCGGACUCACACCGGUGAAAAACCGUACCAGUGUGAGAUAUGCAAGAAACGCUUUGCUCACAUUGAUUCCCUAAAGAUACACGUCAGAAAUCACAAUGGAGAAAAACCGUUCAAAUGUGAAGUAUGCGGCAAUCAGUUUAGUCAGCGUCCUCACUUGAAGACGCAUAUGGCGACUCACUCGGGCGCAAAACCGUAUCAGUGUGACAAGUGCAAGAAGCGUUUUCGUCAGUCGAGUCAUUUGAAGGUUCACAUGCGGACUCACACCGGUGAGAAGCCUUAUACAUGUGAGGAGUGCGGAAAGCAGUCCACUACCUUAGAGGGCCUACUUGUACAUACACGGGUACACACAGGCGAGAAACCAUACAAAUGUGAGGAGUGUAGCAAGCAGUUCGUUACCUUGAGUCAACUGAAGUUCCACAUGAGCACUCACACGGGUGAGAAGCCGUACAAUUGUGAGGAGUGUGAUAAACGGUUCGCUACGCGGUCCAGCCUGAAGUUGCAUAUGCGCACUCACACGGGUGAGAAGCCGUACACGUGUGAGGAGUGUAGCAAGCAGUUCACUUCGAUGUCCCAUCUGAAGGCACAUAUGCGAACCCACACGGGUGAGAAACCUUACAGUUGUGAGCGGUGUGGUACACAGUUCACUAGUUCGUCGACCCUGAAGACACAUAUUAUGCGGGCUCACACAGGUGAGAAGCCUCACCACUGUGAAGAAUGUGACAAACAGUUCGUUUCGCUGUCCGACCUGAAGGUACACAUGCGCACUCACCCGGGUGAGAAGCUGUACAAGUGUGAAGAAUGUGAAAAGCAGUUCUCUUCACCGUCCUAUUUGAAGGCACACAUUCGCACUCACACGGGUGAGAAGCCGUACAAGUGCGAGGAGUGUGACAAGCAGUUUGUUACGCCAGCUCAUCUUAAAAGACAUAUGAACACUCACAACAAUUAAAGUAUAUGUAUACAAAUACAAUGACUACAUUAUAUUUACCUUAAGCCUCAAAACUUGUGCGAUUAAGGUACCACAAACCUAAAAAUAACAAUGUUAGACCUGGGGUUAGAAAAGUAACGUAUGGUAUGAAUUUUAAGCGGGUUCAAUAGGUUUGAAUAUAUAAGUUCCGUUUGGGAUUUCUACCAGUAGAAUCUCCAGUUUUAGCGGCGGAGAUCCUGACAGAGAUCUCAAUCGACAAAGAAUCCUAUCUAGAACUUUAUACCCCUGUCACAUUUGGCGAAAAUCGAUCAGACGAAGAUUCUCGAGCCUCGCUUAUAAUAAUAAAUUCAUAGCACAACAAUUGUACAAGGUACAAGGACGGUUUUUAGGUGAACAAUACGCGCAUCCCUCUGUCUAUCUUAAAUAUCGCCAAUCUUCCAUCGACAUACGCCUCAAGAUCGUGGAUAAUGUGACAGGGGUAUAACCGAAAGAAUUGGCGAUUCCACCAAGACUUUACCCUCAUAACGUUAUAUGUCAUGUUUACGCUUUAUAUGUAAAGGCUCUACGUAAGUACGCUCCACUUGGCUUAAAAAUUGUUGUUCUGCUAUGAAGUUUUUUGUAAAUGUAUCACUAACUGGUCGCAACUUUUAGAAUAGCAUUGAGAAGAAAUUUGUUUUCAUAGUUGGAUAGUUUUGAGGAAUCUAUAGUGGUCUGAUAAAGCCAAGGAGGCGAUAGUUUUUGUUAUACAAACUAGCUUUAGUUAGCAUAGAAAUGAAAAUAAGUCAUAUAAUAGUUUGAAAUGCCUUGGUCUUCAUACAAUUUUUUUCUUUAAAUACAAGUACUAUCAAUCUUGUUUUAGAUGGAAAUAAUUUUCACCUGGAACAUACAAUUUAAGUUAAUUAUUUUCUCUGAUGAAGGUAGAACUUCACACACCGUAGGCAAUAGUUUAUGUAACAUAAAAUGAGCUUAUAUGUUCUGUACAAAUUAUAUCGGUUAGUGCCCCUAAAUAAUUUGACAUGUGUUCGGCUAGAAUGUAUUUCAACAUGGUGCUUUGGUCAAUAAAAUUUAAGCUUACACUUGA